UCCAUUUCCAACUUCCUAAUCAUGGCCUCUUCUUCUCACGCCCCCUACUAUAAUAUUUGGUGAUUUCGUCCAGAUUGCUGUGUCUUUGCUGGCUCAAAAACGUGGAGACUGCUUCGUUCCUCCUCCGAGAUCUUCCUUUGGCUUAAAGGUUCAGAAACUUUCUCAUAGCAAACCAACUUCUUGCUCUAGGCAAUUCGUGUCGUCGCUGCCAAGUUGACAGUUAGGUGAAAAAUUUGGAGGUCUCUUGAAGGUUCUGACAGCCAGGUGCGUACGCGUUGGUUUGUUCAUUCUUCUUGUCGUCUGAUUUGUGCAUCGGCCAUUUUCUUUUGUUUUUUUGGGGGCGAGGAUACGAAUUUCCGUCGUGCCACUUCUGCAGUCUCUGUUGUAGCCAGAAUCAUGGCGCAUGUCAUAAUUUUGAUCGAUCAAGCGGCAGUUGUGGAAAAUGCCUAAGAACUCUGAUGAACCACCCUGCAUUCUGAAAGCAUCUGAUGUCUGAAGCCAAGGACAAGCAACCCCUGCCCCUUGACCAAACUCUGUGCCUUUGGUAGGAAAACCAGGGCGAUCAUGGAGUCGAGUGAGAUCAGGAAGCGGUUCGGCCGGUGCCCUUACUGCCGCGCCAUGAUCUACCCGGACCCCGAGGCGGUCAUCUACUACUGCAGCAGAUGCCGCACGCCCAUCAGAGGCAAGAAUCCGGAGCCGACGGAACAAACCGGCGACGCGCUGAGCAGGCUGGAGAUCCUCUCGGCCGACACCGCGUCGGUGUUCACCGACGAGCUCGACGCCUGUCGGGCUCAGGCUCCGGUUCUCGACGUCCACGGCGACCAGGACCAGCCUCCGUUGUUCAGCCGCGGCGAUGCCCGUGUCUGCUACUCGAACGGGCAGGACGAGCGCCGGGCGUCUUUGUCUCGGCGGACGAGGCGCACGGCGUGCUCUGACUCGUUCGUUCUCCGUUACGGCGUGUUCAUGUCAGCGCAGUCGGAGACGGAGGAGGGGUUCCCUUCGCCAAGAAACGCGUGCGGCCGGCAGCGCCGGCGAUCUCUCGUGGGCUUACAGGAGCUCGAGACUUCUAUCAGCUGGUCCAGACAGCAGGUGCCGCCGUCGCGUGUGGCGCCGUCGCCGCUGGCGGACCUGGCGUUCCAAAGGGAUCUGCUCGGCACGCUCGACAGCCUCCGCGGCCUGAUCGCCGCCAUCGAGCCGGCGUCGUCGACCGGCGCGAGAGCGGCGGCGGCGCGCCGCGGCGCCCGCUUCUUCCGCCGGCUGGAGUCGCGUCUCGCGCGGGCGAUGCCUGCCCCGGAGCACGCCCCGCGCCGGAACGCGGGCUGCAGCACCGGCUUGUCGCGGUCGUCGCCGGCAUCGGCAUCGUCCGCCGGCGCGCGCAGCUGGCGGCGGAAGCAGCACCACUGCCGCCCGGUCAUGGGCGGCGCGCCGUUCCUUGUCUGCGGCAGCUGCUCCGAGCUGCUGCAGGUGCCGGCGACGACGAUGCUGCUGCUGCUGCCGCCACGGAGCAGGGCCGUCCCGACACAAACCGGGGCCCUGUACGAAAAUAUAAGUAGGGCCUACGUACUGGACUAGCAAAUCCAUAUACUAUUUAUUAGGCCCUGUUUAGUUGGUGAAAAAUUGUUAGUUUUGGUAUUGUAGCAUAUUUUGUUGUUACUUGAUAAAUAAUGUUUAAUUAUAGACUAAUUAGACUUAAAAAAUUCAUCACAUGCUAAUC